AUGGGUAACUUAUUCUCCUCUAUUUUCAAAAGCCGCGAGAUGCGUAUCUUGAUGUUGGGUCUUGACAAUGCGGGUAAGACUACUAUCUUGUACAAGUUGAAGCUCGGCUCCAAGACCACCACUACGGUCCCUACGGUCGGGUUCAACGUUGAAACCGUCAAACAGAAGAAUGUCACUUUUGCCGUCUGGGACUGUGGUGGACAGCAGCGUGUCAGACCGUUGUGGAGACACUACUUCACCGGCACCAAUGCGUUGAUAUACGUUGUCGACUGCUCGGACCACGCCAGAUUGGAGGAGAGCAAGAACGAGUUGAUGCGUGUUAUCAAUGACAAGGAGUUGGCGGGGUGUUUGUUGAUUGUUCUUGCUAAUAAGCAGGACAUGGACGGCGCGGUUAAGCCGAAGGAGUUGAUUGAGUCCUUUCAGUUGAACAAGUUGAAAGACCACACCUGGAACGUGGUACCUACCGUUGCCACCCAAGGAAUUGGCUUAGUAGAGAGUUUGAACUGGAUCAGUAGCAACUCCAAGGAUGUGUAA